UAUAGGUCUCAGAGCUAUCUACCGUAUUGUUGUCAGAACGAUACAGUAGAUCGCUGCAGUAACAAUCUAGUAGGUAACUUUUUCGUAUUGUUACUGUAACUAUACAGUAUACUUCUCAGAACAAUAUUUUUUUUUUCCGUGCACAGUGAAAUUAUUUAUAAACAUUUUUCUCAAAUAUUUCAAAUAUGGAUAAUAAAGAAAAUAAGGAAAAUAAAGAAAUUAAAGUGAAGAUAAAAAUUCGUAGGGAUAUAAGUCCGGAAAGAAUUUUAAAAGAAUCACGUUUUUCCAAUCCAAAUGAAUCAAGUAAUAGAGUUACAUCAGAUUUUACAAUCGAUCAUUCAGUAGUAGAAAAAACUCUUGAGCAGAUAAGAUGGAGUAUUCAAGAAGUUACCAAACUUCUCAUUGCUGCAUCACGUGAUGAUUUUAAAUGUAUCCAAAUGUAUUUGGUGAAUCAUGGUAUUCAUAUGAAUACAAUACGUAAUAGAAAUGGUGAUACUUUACUUCAUGUUGCUGUUCAAAAUAGGAGUAUUAAAGUUAUUGAAUUAUUAUUGAGAUGUAACUUUAAUAUAAAUAUUUUAAAUGAUCUCUACAAAUUACCACUGGACAUUGCCAUCGAAAAUGGAUAUUUAGAUAUCGUUAGAAUGUUUUUAAGUAAAGAAAUUGAUAUUAAUUACCAUUUACAAGAAAAACAAUCACUUCUUUAUACAGCUGUUGAAGCUAAUAAGUUAGAAAUUGUUGAGAUUAUUUGUCAACAUGGCGCCAAUAUUGAAUACAGGUGUACUUUUGGAAUAAACGAAGGAAUGACGCCGUUCAUGCUUGCAUGUAAAUUGGGUCUUAUCGAAAUUUUAUUUUUUCUUAAACGUAACCAAGCGAAUAUACAUGCCAAAGAUGCUAAUCAAAUAAAUGCACUUUAUCAUGCGGUUGAAGCAAACCAUUUAACGAUUGCUCUACAGCUUAUAAAUUGGGGUGCUGAUAUCAAUGUUACCAAUAUAUCAGCAACCGCACGUGGAUAUACGCCAUUACAUGUAGCUUGUCGAAAUGGUUUUACCGAUAUGGCUAAUUUACUUUUAGAUCGCAGAGCUAAUUUUAAUGCUGUAGCUCAAUUUGGUAAAACUCCUCUUUAUCUGGCCAUUAAAUAUCAGUAUCAGUGCAUAGUUGAUACUCUUCUAGGACAUGGCGCGGAUUUCGAAGCUGCAUGUGGUACAUCACAUGAAUAUGAAUAUACUCCAUUGCAAUUAGCUUGUAAAACUGGUAAUAUUAAUAUAGUUACAUUGCUUGUCAAUGCAGGUGCGGAUAUUAAUAAAAAAACUGAAUCUGAUAAACUUACCGCGCUUUCUGUAGCUAUUUUUCAUAACAAUCCAUUAAUUGCUGAACUACUUCUAACUCAAGGAGCUCAUGUUGAUAAGGAAGAUAUCAUAUACACUCUUACUUUAACAUGGAGGUACCCAUUACUAAAGUUAGCUUGUACAAUAAACGCUGAAGCUUUAGUUAAAUUAUUGCUAGGUAAUGUCGUUGAUGGAAAUGAAAAUUACUCGGAGUUAAUACCGAAUAAGGUCAUUCCAAUACCAUUAGACAAUACUAUAAUUUUCUUAGCUCGAGAUCCUGUCAGUCAAAAAUUUUAUGAACCCGAACUUGUAGAAGAAUUUAUUGACAUAGCUGUGAAAAAAGGACAUACAUCUAUUGCUAACUACUUGACAAAAUAUUCACGUGCAUUGAUAGUUAGCCAAUCAUAUCUACGAUCAAUCCUUGCUGAAUAAUAAUUAUACAUAUUACAAUUAUUCAUUAAAUAUAAGUAAUUUACAGAUAAGAAAAUUUAUAAAACAAAUUAUAGAAAUUAUGAUUCAUCUUCAGCUAAAUAUUAUUAUUGAUUAAAACGACCGACGAACAAAUUAAUAGUCACGAUUAUAAUUCAUCCAUAGGAAAAUUUCUUACUUUAUGUUUAUAUUGUUAUCAAUGACAAAAAGAGAAAAAAAUAAUCAUUAUCAUUGUAAA